UUUCAAUAUGGGAUGAGGGUCAUCAACAGGGGAUGAAAAUAGAGGGUUUAGACGCCCUCAGGCGAGUCUGAAAGAAGACACAGUUGAUAGUUUGAUUGAUGAGAAUCCAGUGAUUGUUUUCUCCAAGUCUUACUGCCCUUUCUGUAUCAGAGCUAAGGCUCUCCUGUCUGAUAUGAAGGUUCAGUUCAAGGCUAUUGAGUUAGAUAAGACUAAUGAUGGAGGUAAACUAGAGAGUUCUUUAAAGACUUAUUCAGGCCAAAGAACAUUUCCUAAUAUCUAUAUCAACAAAGUACAUGUAGGAGGGAAUGAUGACUUGCAGAGAAAGUAUCAAAAUCAGGAACUUCAGAAACUACUGAACAAAGCUGGAAUAUCUUAUUCGUAAAUUCUUUUGAUAACUUUGGGAAGUUUACUUGGGCUUUUUGUGAGAUAAAAAGAAUU